AUGGCGAGCGCUAUCGGUACGCCCAUUGCCCACAACGAAGGUCAUCCUCAUUCAGCGCGGAUGCCAAUUCGCAUUCUAGGCAUAGACGAGUCCAUGGUGAAGCCAGACCCAGACGCUCCACUGCUCCCCCAGCCGCAACAUGCCAGUAGGACGGGCCACUCAAUCGUCGGCCCUUCUCCAACACCUCACGGCACUUAUCACGGACUUCCACGGCCUUAUGGACAGACCUUUCACAACGACCGGACCAUACGGCCUCCCUCAGCUCCGCACACGGCGACUCAGACACCAGUGCCUCAUCAUAACCCGUACGACGGGGGCCAGUACGGCCAUUGGGGUCACCCAGGUCCUGCACCGCCGCCCAUGACAUACCACAUGCCAGUCGAGAUUGCCCAAGCCGCAAGUGCCAAACGGAAGGCGACGAGAGCAUCUCAGGUUUGUGACUCGUGUCGUCAGCUCAAAUCCAAGUGUGAUGAGUCGAAACCGUGCAAGACUUGCAGAGAACGAAACAUCCCAUGCGUGGUCCGCGACCCACAACCCAAGCAAUCCGACAAAGCUAGCGCUGACAUACUGGAUGUCCUGAAUGGCUUGAGAGAUGAUUUGAAGCAGAGGGUCGACAAGAUUGACAACUGCCUUGGUCGAUUGGAGAGCGGAGUCCACUCGAUUGAGGGUGACGACUAUCAAGAUGAUGCAAGCCCGUACGACCAUCCGUCUCCCGAUGACCGACGUGCCGAGGACGAAUGUGCGGCAAACAAUGGAGCCAUGGAUCCGGACAAGGCAGAAAGAACGAUCCGAAUCUGGGAACACAAUGACAGCGACGAAAAGCCGGGGCCACCAGUCGCAGGCAAGACGAAGCUGCCCGCAAACCACACUACUUCGGCAGGAUUGUUGUUGAAGUGGGAGUCGAUACGCCGGCUGGUUGCUCCUCAUCUCGCUGCCGAACACAUUGGCUAUGUUGAAGAGUUCCCGAUUCGACAGGAAAGGGCUCGCGGCUUGCUGCGCGUAUGCGGGGCCGGAGAAGGCUCUGGGGGAGGACAUGCCCCAGCAGACCACACAGACCAACCAGCAGACAACAUCAUGACCGAUUUCCAAGACGAUAGCUCGGAGACACAGUCUUCAGCACUCAAAUCAGAAGUCUGGGGCCAGACCGGACGGCUUUCCCCGGCCUCAGGCAUGACGUUGAACGGCGGCGUCAUUGGCAAGGACGGAAAUCCAGGAUUUUCGCAUUCGACUGUGUGGAAAUAUGUCACCAGCUUCAAGGAGAACAUCUUGAACAUGCACCCGGUCAUGAUACUGGAGGAGCUGGAUGCGCUGGUUGUGCUUUUUCUCAAGGAGAUCCCCCAGCAUACGCAGCAGUCGAGUGUGCGAUCAAGCAGCAACCCCAAAUUCGUACGCCAGCCAACAUCUGCCGCUGCAUCACUGCCCGAGGCUGUCGGUGCCAAGAGGAAACGCUCACCUGGCGGCGAUGAUCCGCUACCAUCCUUCAACAUCUUUAAACCCGGCCAUCCUUUCCGUAGCAUAACGAGCGCCAUCGUUCUGCUCGUUUGUGCGCUGGGCAAGAUUUGCCUCCACAAGCAGAGGAUUCCUGACAUUGUCACGGAACAAGGUGAGGCCCAGCCACAUCGAUCGCCUUCCAUGCGAAAUGGUGGCGCCAUGUCUCCGAUCCACGGCUCUCCGCCUGGGUUCAUCUCUCACUCUCAGUCUUCUGGAUUGCCUUCGCCACAAGACCCAUACGACCGUGCCAUGCCCAGUCGCCGUAAAUCUAUGCAGGGCAACGGGACGGGGGUGCGUCCGACACCAAUCAAGCGAAACUACGACGUUAUUCCUGGACUUGAGUACUUCGCACUGGCAACGGACAUUCUGGGCAGCCAUCUAGGCGGGAUCAGUCUCAAGCAUGUUUAUGCUUGGGUCCUUGCUGGUCUGUAUCAUGGGCAACUCGCGAGGGCUGUGGAAAGCUGGGCAUACAUCGAACAGGGCUGCACUGUUCUGCAGGAGGUCAUGAGGACGAGCCUAUACCGAUUCCACGAGAUCAAGAUGGGCGAUGGGUAUGUGCCUCAAGAGUCCAGGAGGGACAACCAGGUGCUCCUGGCGUACUGGACCUGCUUGCAGCUGGAAAGUGACAUCCUUGCGGAGCUGCCACUGUCCCAGAGUCCCAUUCUGCAGCACGAAGACAACAUGCCUUAUCCGAACACAACCUUUGUGACAGCCCAUGGCUACACUCCCGAAGUUUGCGGCAGCUAUUUUGCCCAGCUUCAUCUCAGGCGUCAGCUCAAUGAGAUCCACAGCCACUUGUAUAAUCCGGACAAGAUACAUCGACCCUCGUCCCCGGAGACGAUCGACGAAGGCAUUCAUGGUCUCCAAACCCAACUGAAGACAUCCCGCGAUAUCUGGGUCCCUGCCGCGUUCAGAUGGCAUGAUGAUGAGCCGCCUGCUGGCGAUAUCCUCUCUGCUCGCCUGCGUGCAAAAUACUGGGGAUCACAGGUCAUUAUCUAUCGCCCCUUCGUACGACAUUUGCUCGAGAAGGAGCCUAUCCCAUAUGGCGCGUACAAAGAUCCUCGACUUCCCCCACCAGAAAGCUUCCAUAAAUUGGCAAUCAACAUCGGCGACAAGUCGGUUCCCGAGGGGUUCGACCCCCGCACGCUUAACUAUGCCCGGCUUGGCAUCGAGGCGUUGAUCCAGAGCACCAGUGCAUUCCAUGGCAUGCCGCGCAAGCAGCGCAUCAUUGUAACCAACAUUUUUGGUACUGCUCACGCGUAA